AUGCUGCAGCUUGUGCUCCUCGCCGCCCUUGCCCUCUGCGGGCGCUGCUCCGAGCAGGACCUCGAUGGGAUGCAACGGGUGGUCGGUGGGACCGAGGCACGCUCGCACGCCUGGCCCUCCCAGAUCUCCCUCCAGUAUGCCUCCGGUGGCAACUGGUAUCACACCUGCGGAGGGUCCCUCAUCGACAGAAAUUGGGUGAUGACAGCAGCCCAUUGCGUGACUCGUCAAAUGAACUUCCGUGUCGUGGCUGGUGAACACAACCUCAACGCAAACGAUGGCAGCGAGCAGAUCUUCGGUGUGAGCAAGAUCAUUAUCCAUCCCUACUACAACACCAACAACAUCGCUGGCGGCUACGACAUCGCCCUCCUCCGCCUGUCUGGCUAUGCCACCCUGAACAGCUACGUGCAGCUGGCCGUGCUGCCCAGGGAGGGAACCAUCCUGCCCAACAACUACCCCUGCUACAUCUCAGGAUGGGGUCUGACCCGCACCAACGGGCAGCUCUCCAGCGUCCUGAUGCAGGCCUACCUGCCCGUGGUGGACUACCAGAUCUGCUCCAGCCCCUCCUACUGGGGCUCCACAGUCAGGAGCACCAUGGUCUGUGCCGGUGGUGACGGCGUCCGCUCUGGCUGCCAGGGCGAUUCGGGCGGUCCCCUCCACUGCGCAGUGAACGGGGAGUACCAGGUCCACGGCGUCACCAGCUUCGUCUCCAGUCAGGGCUGCAACAUCAAGAACAAACCCACCGUCUUCACCCGCGUCUCCAACUACAUCUCCUGGAUUUAUAACGUGAUGGCCCAGAACUGAGCAGCAGCAGGAGAAGCGUCCUGUCCCCAGCUUGGGCGAUGGACCUCAUCUUCCCGUUUGGUUUAGGUCGGGGGGCUUUCAAACCCACAGUUGGAGUCAAUAAAAUCUGUUCCUCUCUC